GCCCAGGUCCCAGCAGUUCCAUGGGAAAAAAAAAACCGUGAGAGGAGACGAAUAACGGUACACUCCAAUUUUUAUGUAGUCUGCCUUUAACCGCACCGCAUCUGCGUGUCCUCUUGUGAUGCACACAUGAAAGAAAGUGUUUGGAAACGGACGCGGUGAACGGCGUUUUUUUGGGGGGGGGCUGACGAAAACAAGCGGUCCACCAUUGUCUGCGUAGAAAUAAGAAUGGCCUGGAUGUGGAAGAGGAAGUCGUUGAUCGCCACCAUUCUGAUCGUGGCGGUGUCGCUCUUUGUGGUCGUGGUGAACUACUCGGAGAAGCCUUACGUCCUCCUGCAGCCAGUGUUCGGGCAGACCUUCAGCAGCCACUGGAUGUUCUCCAAGCAGCCCUACAAGGCCUUCAAGCCUCACCUGGGCUAUGUUAGCAUCCCCAAACAGGAGCCUCUGAAGCUGCACUGUGAGCUCUGCAGCAUUGUGUCCAGCUCUGGCCAGAUGUUGGGCAAGGCUGCCGGCCCGCAGAUCGACCGCUCUCCCUGCAUCUGGCGGAUGAACAAUGCUCCCACAAGGGGCUUUGAACAUGACGUGGGCCAGAGAACCACGCUGAGAGUCGUCUCGCACACCAGCGUCCCCCUGCUGCUGCAGAAGCCCCAGUACUUCUUUGGCCAGGGCAACGACACCGUCUAUGUUGUGUGGGGGCCCCUACGAAACAUGAGGAAGGAUGGGAAGGGAAUCGUGUACAACAUGCUGCGACAGGCAGCUGAGAACUAUCCUCAUGCACGAAUCUAUGUCAACACAGAGGACAGGAUGAACUACUGCGACAUGGUCUUCAAGAAGGAGACGGGAAAAGACAGGAUCCAGUCCGGCUCCUACCUCAGCACCGGCUGGUUCACGCUCAUCCUCGCCAUGGACAUGUGCAAAGAGAUCCAUAUCUAUGGCAUGAUAAAUGACACCCACUGCAAGACGGAGGGUAACAAGAAGGUUCCCUACCACUACUACGAGGCAGGCAGCCGGGAUGAGUGUGCAGAGUAUCUGCUCCAUGAAAGCGCCCCCUACGGUGGGCACCGCUUCAUCACAGAGAAGUCGGUGUUCGCCAAGUGGGCCAAAACUCAUGCCAUCAAGUUCUUCAACCCAACUUGGCAGCUGUCGUGACCCUGGCUGAACCAACAUGGAAAUACUACACCAUUAUCAUCAUCAUUAUUGUCAUCUGGGGACCAACUGAAUCUCGACACUGACAGAAAAUGUGUUCCCUAAUGUGCGGCAACAUUCAUUUUUGGCACAAAUUAAACUCCAUAUACAUUACAAGAGGUUGGUUGAGGGUUGUUUGUCAAGUCCUGGAUGGCUAAUCCAGGAAGUCCUUGGGGUUUUAUUUAAUUUUUUUUUUUUUGGGUCACUCAAUAAGACAGAAUUACGGUUUGACCAACCCGGACAGCAAAAACAUAUCUUUCUCAGAAAUUAAGUAUUUUUUCUCCUGAAUCUGAGAGCUGAAGAAAGUGUACAGCACUCCACUCUUCAUUGACUAAUGGAUCCAUUAGCUGCUCUAUGAGUUUAGCAAAGGGUGGCUUGAAUAUUAAGAAAACAACAAGAAGAAGCAACAACCAUGCAUCAACUUGCAGUGACCUUAAUGGCUCACAUGUCCGCAGGCGCAUCGGAAAGGCUGAAUAAUUUUUUUUUUUUUCCAAGACUGUAGCUGGAGAAGAGCUCAGCCGCUGCAGAGACGAGUCACAUUGCCAUGGACGUCUGUUGAGCUCGUAUACUACUGCUUUCUCUGCAUGUCUGUCUUAUUCUGUCAGGCUGUAAUUAAUCCAUAACAGAUUCAUUCAUGUAUUCAUCCUUGACUGAGGAAGUAUUGAAGUUUAGGUUUAAUUUCACUGUUGCGUCUAAGGAAGCUUCAGCAAGCAAGAUCCUUUAAAUAAUAAAACACAAGUGAGCAAAUUUCAGUCAAACCCGAAGGUAAACCAGAUGUGCAGAUGUGAGUCAGCUCUUUUUUAUCGUAAGGCUUGGUUGUUGUGCUGUGUGUGAAGUCACACAACUUACAGAUGUCAGCUUUUUUUUCUUUUAUAAUGCUGUGAAGUUUCAUUGUAAGAGACAUGUUUUGGCGUUGGCUUGAUGUCCAGAUGGGUUGCUAAUUUAUUCUGCAGAGAUACGUUGCUAACUCUCUUUAACAGCGUGCCAUUGACAGCAUCACAUAGAGCAAUGUGCAAUUUGAAACUCCAUCCUUAUGGAAGGAGUUAAAUCAUUUGUGACCCUGUAGAGGGAGAGAUUUAUGUGUGCAGUGAAUCUAUUUGAAGUUAAUUGUAUUCUAUUAUCAUUUUGUGCCUGCAAUAUACUCUGCAGUUCAUUGUAUAGAGACAAGGUAGAGUCUCAGUCUCUCUCUCACUCAUAUUCUCAUCCAGCUUUGUGCCUCUUUGUGUACAGUAUCACUGUGUGAACACAUCCUCCCAUUUGUCUUUGAAAGUGUGCACGUCUCCUGGUUCAGGACAUUACAUUUGAAUGCAUCUGUUCCAAGACGGUGAAGAAUAGUCAGUGAAGCGCAGAGGUGUGUAGGUUGGUUGGUAGCUGUGGAGGGCUGAGACACUCUGGCUGUGACCGUGAACUGCCCCCCCCCCCCCCCACCCCCUCCGUGAUUAGUGUCCGUGGCCCAGAAGGGAGGAGUGGAAGGAUUCAAAGACUUCUAAUUUAGGCGAUUUGAUGCACAAGGUCCCUGGCGACUGUAAUGUACUGCAGCUGAGCGUCACAAUCUCACUCCUACUACAUUGUACUGUUUGCUAUCACUCUCCAUUUUAGGCUAUCUGUCAAUAAGCAAUGAUUUGGUGAUUUACAAGUCAAAAAGACCUAUACCGUCAAACUGGCAGGUUUUUGGAUGUCUUGGCAGGGCCGUAGCUACCAGUAAGGACUCUAAGGUCAUGUUCAACUUGGGAGUUUACAUAGUGUAAUGUGGUGAGGAUUUUGUAAGCCAAUUUCAGUUCAACCUCAAUUCAGAAUACUUAAUUCAGUAUUAACACAGUACACAUAAACAAUCUCAAAAAAUUAUACCCAAACUUAUCUUAUCUGAGGGUGGUGGGGUGUGUUUUUCGGGGGACUCGUGACCUCAGUAUUUUAAAAUUCAUAUAACUAUUGUUUCAACAACAUUCAAAUGACUAAAAUCCAAUGCAGACCAGGUCCUAACUACACAUUGAAAUGUAUUUCUUGAAAUGCUGCUGAAGAAAUACUUCUAUA